CUCUCUCUCUUCGCGCAUGCUGAAGAUUGUUCUCCAUGAGUCUCCGCGCUUUACUGACGCCCGGAUCUCUGCGUUUAUGAAUCUCUUCAGACAGUUCGUGUUAUAAGGCUUGAUUUUGUUGGGGCAGAAGAGAAAAUGGCUCAAAGCCUGGUGCUUUUUUUAUUAUGGCUAUUCGGCAAAUCUCUCGCUGGAUUUCCCAAUCAGAUAAAUAUAGGUGGGCUCUUCAUGCGCUCUACUGUUCAAGAACACAGCGCUUUCAGAUUCGCUGUUCAGCUCUACAACACCAACCAGAACACGACUGAGAAACCCUUCCAUCUGAAUUAUAAUGUAGAUAACCUGGAGUCCUCCAACAGUUUCUCUGUCACACACGCAUUUUGUUCGCAGUUCUCCAGAGGCGUGUAUGCCAUCUUCGGCUUCUACGAUAAGAAGUCCAUGAACACACUGACCUCCUUCUGCGGCGCCCUCCACACCUCCUUCGUCACGCCCAGUUACCCCAUCGACUCAGACGUGCAGUUCGUCAUUCAGAUGCGGCCGCCGCUGAGGGGUGCCGUCCUCAGUCUCCUGUCUCACUACAAGUGGGACAAGUUCGUGUACCUGUACGACACAGACAGAGGAUUCUCCAUCCUUCAAGCCAUAAUGGAGGCAGCAGUGGCCAACAACUGGCAGGUAACUGCACGCUCGGUGGGCAGCAUAACAGACCCCCAAGAGUUUCGCCGCAUCAUUGAAGAAAUGGACAGGAGACAGGAGAAACGUUACCUCAUCGACUGUGAAGUGGACAGAAUCAAUGUCAUCUUAGAGCAGGUUGUGGCGCUGGGGAAGAACAGUCGAGGUUACCAUUAUAUUAUUGCCAAUCUGGGCUUCACCAACAUCAGUCUGGAUAAAGUGUUUCUGGGUGGAGCAAACAUCAGUGGCUUUCAGAUCAUCAAUCCUGAAAACCCUGUUGUACAACAGUUUCUCCAACGCUGGGACCGUCUGGAUGAAAGAGAGUUUCCAGAAACUAGAAACACACCCCUGAAGUAUACGUCGGCGCUAUCCUACGACGCCAUCCUGGUCAUUGCCGAGGCUUUCCGCUACCUGCGACGCCAGCGAGUAGACGUGUCCAGACGGGGCAGUGCCGGGGAUUGCCUGGCGAACCCUGCGGUCCCUUGGAGCCAAGGCAUUGACAUUGAAAGAGCUCUGAAAAUGGUCCAGGUGCCUGGCAUGACUGGAAAUAUCCAGUUUGACAGCUUUGGCCGCAGAUCAAACUACACUAUUGACGUUUAUGAAAUGAAAACAGGGGGGCCGAGAAAAAUCGGAUACUGGAACGAGUUUGAGCGCUUUGUAAAUAUUAUGGAUCUGCAGUUCAGCAACGAUUCCUCCUCAGUGGAAAACCGAACAAUUGUGGUCACUACUAUUAUGGAGGCGCCGUACGUGAUGUACAAGAAAAACCACAUGCAUCUGGAAGGCAAUGACAAGUAUGAAGGCUACUGUGUCGAUUUAGCUUCUGAGAUUGCCAAACAUGUUGGGAUUAAGUACAGACUGUCUAUAGUCAUGGAUGGAAAGUACGGCGCCCGUGACCCUGAAACCAAGACGUGGAACGGGAUGGUGGGUGAACUUGUCUAUGGGAGAGCAGAUAUAGCCGUGGCUCCCUUGACCAUCACACUGGUGAGAGAGGAGGUCAUCGACUUCUCCAAACCCUUCAUGAGUCUGGGCAUCUCCAUCAUGAUCAAGAAACCUCAGAAGUCCAAGCCAGGUGUCUUCUCAUUCCUGGAUCCUCUGGCUUACGAGAUCUGGAUGUGCAUCGUGUUCGCCUACAUCGGCGUCAGUGUGGUCCUCUUCCUCGUCAGCCGCUUUAGCCCCUAUGAAUGGCAUUUGGAUGAGAGUGAUGAAGCCAAAGACCCCCAGACCCCUCCAGACCCGCCUAAUGACUUUGGGAUUUUUAACAGCCUGUGGUUCUCUCUCGGGGCCUUCAUGCAGCAGGGCUGUGAUAUCUCGCCAAGGUCCUUAUCGGGCAGAAUAGUGGGAGGCGUCUGGUGGUUCUUCACCCUCAUCAUCAUCUCGUCCUACACGGCUAACCUGGCUGCUUUCCUGACAGUGGAGAGGAUGGUUUCUCCCAUCGAGAGCGCAGAAGAUCUCGCCAAACAAACAGAGAUCGCAUACGGAACCCUGGACUCGGGAUCCACCAAAGAGUUCUUUAGGCGUUCCAAAAUAGCGGUGUACGAGAAAAUGUGGUCGUACAUGAAAUCGGCCGAGCCCUCCGUGUUCGCCAAGACGACACCCGACGGUGUGGCGCGAGUACGCAAGUCGAAGGGCAAAUUCGCCUUUCUUCUGGAAUCCACCAUGAACGAGUACAUUGAGCAGCGGAAGCCGUGCGACACCAUGAAAGUUGGCGGCAAUCUGGACUCGAAGGGCUACGGUGUGGCCACCCCCAAAGGCUCAGCAUUAAGAACUCCUGUAAACCUUGCAGUAUUGAAACUCAGUGAACAAGGCAUCUUAGCCAAGCUGAAAAACAAAUGGUGGUACGAUAAGGGUGAAUGUGGAACCAAGGACUCUGGAAGUAAGGUCAGUCGCUGCAGGUCUUCUGUACUGAUUCCAAAACUGCAUUUUGACAUAUUGUUCAUAUGCAAAGAACAAACCAGUAGCGAGUUAACUUCUCAUGUAUAAGCAUACAUUUUUUUAUGAUUCUUGGCCACCAAUAAAGACACACACGUGGCAUACAGUUGUGCACCGUUCCCCAUUUCAAAUAGUCAUAAAAACACAUUCUUCUCUUUUUUAAUUCUCUAAUGAGUUUUUUCACUCUUAAGAAAAGUCGUAAUGUUAAAGAGCAUACACGGGGAAUUAGUUAAGUAAAAAAGAGGUGCAAAUUGAACAACAGAUUAGAUCUAGUUUUGUUGUCUUUCUUGCUUAUUUGCCUCUUGAAAUGAAACUCCAUUUACCAUUAUGCUGCUGUUCUUACUUACCAAACUUCCAAUUUAAAAUUUGAUGUAUUAGUGUUGUUACUUAUUUGUCUUUGACGUGAUAGCGUGUCUUCUCCGUUAUUUAACUCUCCUCCUGUUGCGCAUUUCACGCUGUGAGCAAAAGAUUGGAGGUGCGCUUCCUUUAGACGAGAGGAACGACCAGCGAGACCAGCGUUUAUUUCCACGCCAGAGGCUCUUUUAUAGUAGCCUGUGUAGCUGAGAACUUUAGUCUGUUUAACUGCAUGUCUUGCUACCACAAACAGCGCCCGGUGGAUUAGAUGGCAAAUAGUGUAAUACUAAUGGACAAAUUUUUAAUGGUCAGGUUUGGGGGGUAAGCAGCAGCAGAAUGGUUCCAGUUGAUUCUUAAAUUCAGUAUUCUGGUGUAGAAAAUAUGUCAAAAUAUGAAUUUGAAGGUUCAAGAAUGUCUAGGCAGAUAUUUCACGUAAGGUUAAUGAGUUAGAGGUCUGACCUGUACGUAACUGACCAGCUUCCUCAAAACACACGAAGAAGCUUAGAGAAAACAACACAAUAUCUACAUUCACCAGUUAUGGUCCUGAUUGACUUAAUUCAUCUAUCGGAUCCAUCUUAAAUGGACUUACGAGUCUAUAUAUAAAGCAUAGAUCAAGGAGCAAGAAGUCACCUACUGGAAUCUAGAUUCAUCUGCUAGCAGCAGUGUAGACAGAAUGUCAGUAGUCCUGCUUGAUAUUUGACAUAUACUUAAAGAACAUGUUAAGAGCUGUGUAGUAUAGCGGGUUCUCAAAAUUCUGUCUGAUGUUCACCGCUGCAAGAUAAACUAACUCUCUUCCUCACUUCUCUUAGGACAAGACAAGCGCUCUGAGCCUGAGCAAUGUGGCUGGUGUCUUCUAUAUUUUGGUUGGUGGACUGGGGCUGGCCAUGAUGGUGGCUUUGAUAGAGUUCUGUUACAAGUCACGU